CGCCGGUGAGAGCGGGCCGGGCUCGCUGGGUCGGGCCGGCGGCGGGAGCGGGGCGCCAUGGCCGUGGACAUCACGCUGCUGUUCAAAGCCAGCGUGAAGACGGUGAAGACCCGGAACAAGGCGCUGGGGGUCCCGGCCGGCGAGAGCCCCAGGGAUGAGCUGCUCAAGCGGGGCAGCCAGCGGCCCAAGAGCGACUUCUCCUGCCGGGCCCGCGAGGUGAUUACUAAUAUUGGGAAACUGAAGGAUUUUCUUCUGCAACACAGAAAGGAUUACAUUAAUGCUUACAGCCAUCUUAUGUCAGAAUACAUUAGGAUGACAGACACAGAACGUGAUCAGAUUGAUCAAGAUGCUCAGAUAUUUAUGAGGACAUGUGCUGAUGCCAUUCAACAGCUGAGAACGGAAGCACACAAGAAUGUCCAAUCCCCACAAGUGAGGGAGCACAGAGCAGCCGUCUUGGACUUCACUGAAGAUUAUUUAAAAAGAGUGUGUAAGCUGUACUCUGAACAAAGAGCCGUCAGAGUCAAACGAAUGGUAGAUAAGAAAAGAUUAUUUCAGAUAUUGGUUGUAGCUUCACAUUUCAGUAUGCUGAUAUGUUUGGGAUUUUUGGUUAUCUUUACAGAUCAGAAUCUGACAGAUGCCCACACUAACUUGGGGCUAUGGGGGGAUGGCAAAGGUGAAGAUGAACUGUCACCUGAAGAAAUUCAGAUGUUUGAACAGGAAAACAAGCGACUUGUUGGUGAGAUGAAUAGCCUAUUUGAUGAAGUGAGACAAAUUGAAGGGAAAGUGGUUGAAAUCUCCAGACUUCAAGAGAUAUUCACAGAAAAAGUCUUGCAACAGGACACCGAAAUUGACAAUAUUCAUCAGUUAGUUGUGGGUGCAACAGAAAAUAUCAAAGGCGGUAAUGAAGACAUAAGAGAGGCAAUCCAAAAAAACGCUGGAUUUCGAGUAUGGAUCCUUUUCUUCCUUGUAAUGUGUUCAUUCUCCUUGCUUUUCCUGGACUGGUAUGACAGUUAAUAAAACAAAGCCUGUGUGUUAUGUUUGUAUAAGAUUUAGACAUUCCUCCUCUCAAAGCAGGAUACACUAUCUGCAAAUGUCAUACUGUUGUGACUGGAAAAUAUUUUCUAGCAAAAAAAAA